AUGCAGUAUACAAAUGGGACCUGGCGGGCAGAUACACCCGGGGCUAUGCAAAAUACGAACUUUGAGGCGUUUAUAUUUUCCAACGGAACUGUGGACGCGUGUUACCUUGAUGCUUCCCUGGGUUUCCCGUGUUUGCAAGGAAGCAUACCACCGAUUGGGGUCGAUGCUAGGACCGUGUCUGAUGUUCAGGCUGCUGUCAAAUUUGCGAAACGCUUCAAUCUACGCCUUGUAAUCAAGAAUACAGGUCAUGAUUACCUCGGAAGGAGCGCUGGACGUGGUGCAUUUAUGUUGUGGACUCACUAUUUAAAAGAGAUGACCUACGACGCGUCAUUCACUCCGCUCGGAGCUUCUUCAGAGAAUUCGCAUUCCACAUUCAAAGCUGUUACCUUUGGGGCUGGAAUCCAAUGGGCCGAGGCAUAUGCUUUUGUACAAGAGCAUAAUCAAACUGUCGUAGGUGGUAUAUCCUUGGGAGGUUCCGUAGGUGCUGCUGGAGGCUGGGUAAUGGGCGGCGGUCAUAGUGCAAUGUCCCCAUCUCUAGGGCUAGGCAUCGACAAUGUCCUUCAAUUCAGCGUUGUACUAAGUGACGGAUCCUAG